AUUCAGUUGGAAAAUUCGACUUUCCCCAAAAACCGACUCGUGUUUAAGGGUUUCUCGAGUUGAAUUGGAUUGUAAAAUGCGUUUCUUCCAAGUUUGCACUUGAACAGUUUAUACUGAUAUAAAGGCAAUUAGUUCCCUGACAUUUUAUUGUAGUUCCCGCGAAAUCAUCUAUCAUUUACGAAUAUAAUAUUCCCCCACUUUUCUUCUCCCUUUCAGCAGUGUAAAUUUUUGGAGUUUUUAAUAUCUUCACCAAUGUAUGUUAAAUUGAAAGACAAGCCCUACUCCUAACACACUUAUCUUCUUCAUAUUACUUCUCCAUCUUUCUAUUUCAAUGCUUUUCAAGCUCAAAGCGAUUGCACCUUUCAAUCUCAGAGUAUUAUCUUCUUGCAGACUCUUUUAUUCAACUGUACCUAUAAACCCUAAAACCCCUGUAAAUCCCUUAACAGGACAACAGCUCAAAGCCCUAGUGCUUUCACAAUACUCUCAUGGCAAAUUCGUUAAUCUUAUUCAAAACGUUGUCGCUUUGCCCUCUGUUCUCAUCUCCGCCGCUGAAAAUCUCGUCACCAGUCCCAAUGAGUCUCUUUACUUGUCGGUCUCAAAGCAUUUCUCAAUUGAAGAAAUGGGUCGUGAGGUUUUUGAUAAAAGAUUCGAUCUUGAAUCUCAUUGUGCUAGAUUUGCAAGUAAAGGUGAGUCCUUGGUUUUGCCUAAUUUGAAAUUGAAAGUUUUUAUUGAAGCUAUUAGGGUAGUUUUAGAAAUUGUAUAUGAUGAUCGUUUUGUUACUUUCUGUUAUGGUGGACGUGUUAAUAUGGGCCGGCAUACGGCUAUUAGGUACUUGAAAAAUACGGUAAAAGACCCAAGUUGGUGGUUUAGUGUUUGCUUUAGUCGGUUAAAAUUUGAUAGUAGGAAUUUAGAUAAGUUAUGUUUGUUUAUUGAAGAGAAAAUCAAUGAUGGGGUUUUGAUCGAUGUAAUAAAGAGGUUGUUUGAAUGCGGAGUGUUGAAUAUUGAAUUGGGUGGUUUUCAUUUGGGCAAGGGACUUCCUCAAGAAUGUGGGUUGUGUCCGAUUCUCAUUAACAUCUAUUUUAAUGGGUUUGAUAAAGAAAUUCAACAGAUUCGUUUAAGGAUUAGUGAACAGAAUCCGAAAUUUGAACCAAAUGAGGUUAGUGAGAGGUCUAAUUCUUCUUUUAAGCCGUUGAAGGUAUAUGCUAUUAGGUACUUGGACGAGAUAUUAGUAAUUACUUCAGGUUCGAAGAUGUUGACGAUGGACUUGAAGAGUAAGGUUUUGAAAUUUUUGGAAGAGAAGUUGGAAUUGAAGGUGGAUAGAAUUGAGACAGCAAUACACAGUGCAGUUUCUGAGAAGAUAGAUUUUUUAGGGAUGGAAUUCCAGGCUGUCCCACCUUCUGUCUUGCACCCCCCCAUGUCCGAAAAAGCAAUCAGAGCAAGGAAGAAAUUCCUUCGGCAAAAGAAAGUUAAGGCUUUGGAAUUGAGAAAUGCUCGGGAGAGUAAUAGGAAGAAAUUGGGUUUGAAAAUUUUGAGUCAUGUUUUUAAGAAGUUGAAGCAGAGUAAUGGGUUCAAAUUUGAAGUUCAAAUUGAGAAUGAAGUGCGAAAAAUUUUUGCAACUUGGGCAGAUGAAGUGGUUCAAGAGUUUUUGGGGUCUUUGGAUGAGCGUUGGAAUUGGCAUCGAAUGCUCACUGCCGGUGAUUUCCUUUCUUUAAGGCAUAUUAGAGAUCAAUUGCCUGAAGACCUUAUUGAUGCUUAUGAUAAGUUCCAAGGGCAGGUGGACAAGUAUUUAUCACCGGUGAAGGCUAGAAAGGUAUUGGAGGAAGAACAAAGGCGAGUUGAAGAAGAGGAGCAAAGAAAGUAUGCCGAGAGAACAAUGGAGGAUCUGACAAGGCUAUGCAUGAAAGUCUCUGCACCGAUAGAACUUGUAAGGAAGGCUGUUAAGAUGGCUGGGUUUACAAACAAUAUGGGCCGUCCCAGACCAAUCAACUUUCUCACUGUUCUGGAAGAUGCUGAUAUUAUCAAGUGGUAUGCAGGGGUAGGGAGAAGAUGGCUUGAUUUCUUUUGUUGCUGCCACAACUUUAAGAUGGUAAAAACUGUUGUAAGUUAUCACCUGAGAUUCUCUUGUAUUUUGACGUUGGCAGAAAAGCAUGAAGCAACAAAAUGUGAGGCCAUUAGGCAUUACACUAAAGAUUUGAAAAUCCAUGAUAUUGAUGGAAAUGAAGAAGUGUACUUUCCCACAGAGAGAGAGGUAAAGAUGAUGGGAGAUAAAAAUCUUUCAGAUCCAAAACCGGUGGAUGGGGCUUUAUCUUUGGUAUUUAUAAGAUUGGCCGUUAAUGAGCCAUCGCAUUCUUGUGUUGCUCACUUUUGUAACAGAACAGAUACUAUCAUGUACAGAGUAAGGUUACUACAAAAUCUAUUAAAUCUGAGCCCAACGAGAGGAGUGAAUUGGAUUCCAGGAAUGAUAACAAUUCACGAAUGUAUAGACCGAACAUGCCUGCCAUUAUGUUCUGUCCACAUAAGCGAUUUAUAUACUGGGAAAAUUACUCUUCAGGACAUUGACUGCACUUCAUUUUUGCAUGUGGACUGAGUAUUGCUCAUAUUCUUUCAGUUACAGUUGUGGUAGGUGUAUUAGUUUGUAAGCUCCUGAUAACCUGCAGCUGAGAUCAACUGGUUGUUUUCCAUAUACAAAUGAGACAGAUAGUCUUUCAGUGAUUUUUCCAUGUAGGUUGAUUUAUACAGGGCUGAAAAGUGAAGUAUAUGCAAUUCCUGUGCCUAUAAUGCUUUUAUUGUUUUAUGUGCAGUUAUUCUUAAUACUGAAAACAAGCAUGCGUUUUAUGAUUCUAAAAGAAACAGUUGACUUUUAAUUUUCAAGUAUCAAAAGGAUUUGGAGUCACUAAAAGAUAAUUUCAACGUUCCUCGAUUGUAUUGCUUAUGAAAUGCGUUAUAACCAUGAGUUGCAAAAAGAAAUGAAGUCUGUCAUACUACUGUGUGACAAUUUCAAGCCCAUUGAACACAGGCUGAGAACAAUUCUCCACUGCCCUUCUAUGGUCCAAAGACACCGGAAGGGCUAUUAAUCAUGAUCUUGCCGCACAGUCAUGUUUCAUCUUCCAGAUUUGAGUUCCUGUCUCCUUAGUGCUUAAAGAUGUAGAGGUAUGAGCCUAUAAACUAGAUUCUGUUCAGGUAAGGUCCUGACCUUGUUAUUUCAUUAGCUGCUAUAAACACUGUUAAUUUUCAUGUCUUUCUGAUAUGGGAUUGUUUCUUUUCCUUUUUGUCAGCUUGUUGGCAUGGAAUAAUUGCCUAGCUGUGCGUUGUCUGCAAAUUUUAAUUGUAGAGGAUCUGGAUCAUGAAACCUUUUACCUGCUUCCUCAUGUCGACUGUGUGGAAAUCGCAGUUGAUUUUCAGCUUCUAACAUGUUCCCAUCUUUUCUCUGGAUAUACAGGAAAUAAGCAAGCUCUGAUGACAUCAACGAGGUCAAAUGAUUCUACUCUAAUUUGAACUGUAAAUUAAUAUGACUCAAAUGAGAAGCACAGUUACUUUCUUACAUUGUAAUCCUUGUACAGGAGGUCGAGUUGGCCCUGGCAAAACUCAUCCAAAUGCUUCUUCAGCUCAUCAAGUAGGGUCUGUAUCAGGAUGAUAUGAUAUAUUAUUUUAAAGGUCAAUAGCUUGCCAAAUCUACCAGAAAAGCUUACAGAAAGGACAGUGUAGGUCCUACAUUGAAAAUAAAUUCAGGGGAUACAUCAUGCUCUAUUAGUUUUUGAAGCUUCCCACGAAUAAUAUAUAGCCUGCAAAAGAUACAAUCAAAUUAUAUGCUGGUUGCUCUCGUAAUGUUGGAGUUUGAGGCUCAAAACUGGAAGCCUGGAAGACUAUUAUUUCAAGAUCAGCAAGAUACGAAAAUUCUGAUAGAAGAGUUCAGAAAAGUGAACUAUAAAAAUGUUUGGCAACAUCAAUCUAUAUCAGCUAAGGAUAACAUCUUACUGUUUUGGACUUUGUUCUUGGAUCAUGUUCUUAGCAAUGUUAGCAAUGUCAUCUUCCCAUCCAGUCAAAAUUUCUUGAUCUUCUGCGAAGGGAUAACUGCAGGAAAAGAAUUCAUAUACACUCUCAAAACAUUCGAGAGGCAAAGGGAGAAAUGCCGAGUACAAGAAAGAUUAACUUAAAUGCCAUAAGAAACUUCAUCACCUUCUCCGCCAGGAAGCCUCUAAGGAUCUAAUGGCUUGCCGGAGAUUAUUUUUUGACUCUAGAGCAAUCCUUUCAGCAAAUUGGAAAGGCAAUUCUAUGCCUUCUUGUUUGGCUAUGAAUUUUAAGACUUUAACAAUCUGAACAUCGAAAAGUUGAAAAAGAAAAAUCCUUAUUUAAUCUACUGAGAAAGCUUUUGGUGCGAAAUUAAUCAUUUGAAA